AUGGGCGAUCCGAUAACAUGCUGGACGCCCGCGCAAUUCACGAAACAAUGGUCAGAUUUUGUUAAUCAAUAUUGCUAUGUUCACGGUACGUCAGAUUUUGUUAAUCAAUAUUGCUAUGUUCACGGUACGUAUUUCGUUUCACUGAACGAAUCUCUUCCCUACAACGACUCAGAACGGCGGAAGAUCCCCAUUAACUAUUACCAGUGGGUGCCAUAUAUCCUUGCCGUUCAAGCGUUUCUGUUCUACAUGCCUCGCUUCAUCUGGAAAUCACUCAUUUCCAUUAGCGGAUAUGACCUUGCCGGUGCGAUUCAGUACGUGGACGCAUUUUGGACCACGGUGAAGACCAACGAUGUGACUUUUCAAAGGUGGGCGAGCUGUUGUGAAAUUCAGUCAAUAAUCUCCAAAUUUUCAAUUUUGUCAAAUUUAGCCCGCAUAGCCGCUUUCGAAGGUCGGGCAUCAGCCUACAUAUGGGACGGGUUGCGGUUGGCCAGAAACAAAAAUAGCCAAGAAAUGGCACUUUACUAUACUGUUUCAACAGUGAUACAGACGAUAAAUGCAUGGGUACAGUGGUUGUGCUUGAAUUCGCUGCUACAGUCACCCCUCUACACACUUUGGGGACCGGCACUUAUCCACGAUCUGAUACGUGGAGACGAUUGGCAGGUGACGGGACAUUUCCCACGCAUAACACAUUGUGACUUCAACAGACGGCGGCCAGCAAGCGUACAG